AUGGAAAAAGGAAGUAAAUACAGAAAAUAUAAUCAGCAGCAACUUCAAAAAGCUGUCAGAUUAGUAAAAGAUGAAGGUAAGACUAUAUACAAAGCUGCUAAAGAAGCAGACGUUCCAUGGAGCACUUUGAAGCGUUAUCUGGAAAAUGAAGAGGAUUCUGUAAGAAAAAUGGGGCGGCCUUAUGCACUGUCUUCUGACUUAGAGUUAAAACUUUAUAAUUAUAUUAUAGAAAUGCGAGAAUUGGGAUUUGGGCUAACUGUUUACCAGAUAAGAAAAUAUGCUUAUGAUAUUGCUGAAUUGGCUGGUCGGGAGAACUUCUUACCAUCAGAUAAUCGCGUUACAAGCAAAUGGUGGUGGAAUAGCUUCAAGAGUACGUACAAUUUGUGCCUUCGUGUGCCAGAGAAUCUUUCGGCCUAUAGAGCUUCUAUGGCUAAUGAAGUUAUGAUCAAAGAUUUCUUUUCGAAACUAGAUGAUCUUCUCACUAAACUUAAUAUAAAAAACAAACCGAAUUUAAUUUGGAAUUGUGAUGAGACUGGAUUAUCAUAUGUAGUGAAACCAUCUAAAGUUGUUACCGGUAUUGGUAAAAAGUAUGUUUAUAAAAGAUCCUACGCUGAACGAGGUCAAACUCAAACAAUGUUAGCUUGCAUUUGUGCGGACGGAACAUGGAUUCCUCCUAUGAUAAUUUUUAAAGGUGUUAGGUGGAAUGCUACACUCAAAAAUGAUGCACUCCCCAACGCAUUAAUUAAACUAUCUCCUAAAGGAUGGGUCAAUUCUGAAUUAUUUUACGAAUGGUUUAAUUUUUUUAUAACUGCCAUGCCGCCUGAACGUCAUGUGGUCUUACUUAUGGACUCACAUUCUGUACAUAUUGGAGCAGAAGUUCUUAAAGUUGCGAAAGAUAAUCAAUUUUUUUUUUACUUUCCCAGCUCAUUGCACGCAUCUAUUGCAGCCACUUGA